ACUGAUCUUCCAUGGCUGGAGACAAGUCUACAUAAAUGAUCUGUAUCUGCACAUCUCUGCGCAUUCCGACUUUUGACAGUUUCUUCUCAAGAACUUCAUGACGUCAUUUAAAUGAUGCUUUCUCAAUAUCGUUUUUACUUCAGAAGAUAUUUACCUAUCCUUGAUUCGUUUGUUUGUUUUCACUUUCUUCGUUUGUCUUUCUGUGUGGUGCGCUGGGCCGCAUCAGACCCAUCAGAGCGACUUUUUUUUCGGCCGUCGCUUUCAAAUUAUCUUAGGAUGUUCGUGUAGACCCUGAAGUUUUACCGUAUGAAACAUGGACCGAAGGGAAAGUCCGGCUGGAAAACGAACCAAGCGAGCACCUAAGCCUGUUGAUGACAACUCCUGGGACUGCAGCGUGUGCACAUACAAGAACACUGCCGAGGCCUUUAAAUGUCUAAUGUGUGAUGUCAGGAAGGGCACAUCUACAAGGAAACCACGUCUUAACCAGGACAUCCAGCAAGUUCAAACUUACACUCCUCCCAUUCCAAAGGCCAAGCGGCUUGACAAGAAGGAUGGGAAAACACUCAAGGGGCUGUCGCGGCUGCGCGGCGUGGACCGCAGUCAGCCGACACACCAGGCGGUCACCAUCAACGACGUGACCGUCAUCAUCACCGAGUUCCGCGCCAAGGCCAAGUCGGCGGCGGCCGUGGCGUCGGGCGCCUCCACCGGCGACACGAGCAGCCUCUCGGAGAGUGACCGGCACUCGGAGGCGUCCAACGGACUGCCAGAGCUGCAGGUCAAGGCCUGAGGCGGCUGCCCGCCGCGCCCGCACACUGACAAACGGAGAAAGUGAGACCGCGAGCGCACGCCGCCAAUCAAAACUGCCGCUCACUGCCAGCCGCCGCGCGGCCUCGGACUACCCUCGGACACAGAGACGGCCAUGUGAUAGUGCGUGACACGGCGGCGCGCACGUGGCGCGCCCGGCGCGUACGGUACGUGCCAACGCGGCCGGCGGAGGCCGAGAGGACCCUGAGAGGACCCCCGCACGGUCCGAGCCAGUCGCUCGCUGUGGUCCGCCCCGCAGCCUGGCCGACGGGUUGUCGGGCUAUCCGGCGCGAGACGCGCCGCCCCUGUGUUUUGUACGGCGCCACUGGCCGUGCCGCCGCCGGUGCCCCGGCCGGUUGUGUUGUGGUGUAUGGAGCUUGUCGCAGUCGUGGGCGCGCGCCCGGCCUGCCUGCCCGCUGUUCGUAAUCGCCUCGCAUUGUGUUUGGUCAGCGUUAGACGUGGCAACUACUGAGUCCCUGUCUCGCGGUUCUCUUAUCAUUUACCUCAGUCGCGUCUGGCACGAGUCUGGGGGUUUUAAUAACAAACAUUUUGUAGAUUGUUGUACCCAUCCGUGUACUAGAGCCUGGUCUAUAAUGCAUUCAUCAUGAGA